UCUUGCUUGCUGUUGGCGCCAUCCAUCCAUUGACCAGAUCAACCAGCCAUUAUCGGGCUUGCCGCGACGACCGCACGGCUCGCCUAAACUGUCUCUUGCACCCCCGGUUCUAGGCACUCGAGGCGGGCAGACGGGCAGAUGAGAAGGCAUGGGCUGGGACGCUUGGGUGAAAUCGCCAUGCCGUACCACCACCACAACAUCUCCGCUCUUUUCUUGUUUCCCCACGCUCUCUCUCUCUCUCUGUCUUUCCUCUGCUCUGCUCUCCAAGCAUCCUGACGUGUGAGGAUGCAUCCAUUCGUUGAUUGGCGUCGUGGGCCGGACGCCAAGCGGGUGUCCCCACUGGUUAUGCUGGGGGGGUUCUUCACGCCUCCUGACUCUCUUUGCGCUCCACCCGAACCCCCCGACGGCACUAAGCCUUCCCGCAAUGUUGGAACAAGUCGAUGCAGCCAUGGCCAAAACAAACAUCCCAGCCAUAACGGAGCCGAUCACAGAGCAGCCAGAGCAGCGCAGGCCCUCCCAAGCCUCCCUUCCCCGCUGCCGUGCGCAGGCGGCCACGUUGUGGACUCCUCAUCCACACUGCCGGAUGCCCUCCCCAAAACGCCUCCCAUGGACCUGAGGGCCAGGGCAUCCAUCCACCACCCACCAUCCUCCAUCUCUGUACAUGGCGAGACUGCUGCACUACCAGCAAGGUCCUGUCAGAGAAGUGCGCUUUAAUGCACCCCGCUGUCUGUGAAGAUGCACCUCCCGUCAACAUGUUUCCUGUGCCAUGCACUCCAUGACAGGCCCUGGUCUGCCUCUGCCAUCGAAUCAAUUGUCACGCCGAUCCACGAAUGCGUGGCAUUGGCAACCUUUCUUUUUUCUUCUUCACUCCUGAUCAACAGACGGGUUGGUUGAUCGAUCGAUUGAUUAAUUCAUUGAUUUGAUUGAUGCUGUGAUGCCCAUGGAUGCGACGGCUUACUUCGGCCGUUUGAUCUCUCCAGGCCUCCUGCAUGCUUUUUUACCUGGUGUCCUCGCGUCUCCAUCCAUCCACACAGCACCUCAGAAUACAGUGGUUUCAUACCCGUCCAUCUGUGUGCAUACGGUAAUAUGUACAUACAUAUCUGUUCAACGUUAUCCUUCUGCCCAACGAAACACAGCACAUGCCCUCUCUGCUCUCUGAUUGAACACGACUUUGUUUUGUUAUCGUCGCCAUCCACAUUUUCGGAUCGUUAAAUGAAGAGUGACUGCACCAACACCAGAAACUUGUCAUCUCGAGACAAUCCAUCCAUGUCCUUGUUUGUUUUUGGUUAUUUAUUCAUUCCUCCUUUCUCGUCCCAGAGUCAUGCCUGCGUCCUCCGAGACUCCAAAUAACCUUUGGUGCUACUGACUGGCACCCCUCGGGGAGAUGCAAUGGCUGCGUCGCCUCCCCCUGGCGCGAAGCUUUGUCGUGCUCGCAACGGUCUUCGAUUCAUUCCACCGCGCACCAACUACACGCCCAUACGUCUGCUUGCACAUGCACCCAGCAAGCUUACAGCGCUCUACGCUUGUGGCAGGCGCCGUCAUCUCAAGCCAAUCUCGAUAAUCCCGCUGAUGCCCGUCGACCUGCUUGCGCUUCGUUUCCCAACUGAGUAAUC